AUGGCAGACACCACUGUAGAGGCUGCCAAACGAGCUGCUGCACAGCAAGCAGUGGCCGACCACUUCGACCCAUCCGCAUCCUAUGUCGGCAUUGGCUCUGGCACCACCAUCGUCUACGUCGUCGAAGCCAUCAAGGAGCGCUCUACCAACCCAAACAUCCUUUUCGUACCCACCGGCUACCAAUCGCGUCAACUCGUCAUCAACGCUGGCCUCACGCCCAUCUCCUUCGACAGUCUGCCAAACCGCGUCAUGCUGGAUGUCGCCUUCGAUGGCGCAGAUGAGGUGGAUACAGAACUCAACUGUAUAAAAGGAGGAGGCGCAUGCUUGUUCCAAGAGAAGCUGGUCGCAGAGCGGGCCAAGAAAUUUGUGUGCGUGGCCGAUUACAGGAAGAGGCAGGACCGCUUGCUCACCAAUUGGCCAACAAUACCCAUCGAGGUCGCACCGCUGUCGCAGAACACGGUCACGACUGCCCUCAGGCUCCUCGGCUCGACCAACCCAAAGUUGAGGACCACGCUGCUGGAGAAGUCAGGACCCCUUAAGACGGACCAACACUUCUUCAUCAUCGAUGCCCCCUUCCCCCCGCUGCUCACCUCGGCCGAUGUUGCAGCUGGCAAGGGCAAAGGAGACGGAAGCGACGGGACGUGGGAGGUCAACAACAUAAGCAGGGCCAUUAAAGCCUUGACCGGUGUGCUAGAGGUGGGCAUCUUUUCGGGUAUGGACGGUAAUCAUGCGGAAGCACUACGGGCCAAAGACGGAGCGCGAAGUGCAGUGACCGGCGGACAAAAACCCAUCGCCGUCUAUUUCGGAAUGGCAGAUGGCAGCGUCAAGCUACGGACUGCGGACGGAGAGCAGUGA